UAAUGCGCAUUAACCGUUCCGUCAGUGUGGUGAGUGGGCAAGAUUGUGCGUUAUUUCAUAAUCAAUAGAAAUAAAGUAAGAAUAGAAGGAGAUAACCAACGACAGUGCGAUUUCUGUCUGUCGGAUCGCCGCGGUCAGCCAUUGUCGGCGCGAAAACGCGAGAACCACGAGUCGUACAUAACCAAGAAAUUCGAGGAGCCAGGAAGGGCCUAAGAAUUGUGGGCUGCUGUGUAAUUGUGAUUUGUUGUUUCGAUGGAAUGAUGCAUCAUCGCGUCGAAGACGAAUCGAACAACCCCAGGCAGAAAUUGUACAGCGAGGAGCGAAAAAAAGAAUAGAGAGACACGCGAUAGUCGACGAGAGCAGAAACGAUAUUGUUGACCGUUGUCGUUGAGUAUUUAUCGUCACGGGACUGAUCAGGAUGCUAUUGUCUUCGUAUUGCGACGGUAUGAAAUAACAAGAGGCUUGAUUUAAUCGAGAAAACCGGCGACGGUAGAGGCGGCGACCGCCUGAUUCGUAGCGUCCGCACUCAGUUCUCAGUGUAGGCUAGUCGGUCGCUCGUUAGUCGUGGUCACUCGACGAAUUUUCUUUACCCCGGGUGACAGCAUUCUUACCUCCCGCAAGACAUUCACCCGCGCAUAAGUUAUUUCCGAAUUGUUUAACGGUACGCUUACGUACAGCAGCGCAAUUACAUUCCCGAUAGAGUAACGGCGAGAGGUUAUUUUCGUGUAAACAGACCAGUCGCACGAAGAGACGUACGGUAUCGAUAAACGCUGAUAGUUAACGGUGUGUUUUGCUCGUUGAAUAUUCAAGCGGUCCCGAUAACGUUAAUUAAAAAUCAUCGGAAGUGUGAUCGUCGCCGGGGGACAAAGGAUUCUGGGAAACGUACGGUUCGUUCGAAGGAUUUUUACCGAGCGGCGUUUGAUACACAAAACGUGCAAACAUGGCGGCAAACACAAGCGCAGAGAAUUGCACCGACUUUGCCGGAUUCUUCUAUGAAAUUGUUAUGGAGGACAUGUGGACGUCAUGGGAUGCCACGAUGGAAUAUUUUCAGUACUCCCCGUGGUUGUUUUCCCUGCUAGGCAGCACCGUGAUAGGACUAACCGGUAUCUUCCCUCUCUGGAUCAUCCCCAUCGAAGACGGUGCCGAUUUUAAAACAGGAGAUAGCGCUGGCACGCUGAAAAUACUGUUGAGCUUUGCGGUCGGCGGUCUUCUGGGCGAUGUUUUCUUGCACCUUCUACCGGAAGCAUGGGGGAACAAGUCACUGAACAGAGUCUCGGAUGAUGGUCGACCCUCGAUGACUUCUGGCUUAUGGGUGCUCGGUGGUUUUCUAGUAUUUGUCAUAGCGGAGAAACUCUUCAACGUUGAGAGGGAAUCCGAGGAUGUGGACGAGUCCGUGGUAACGGACAAUCAGGACGCGGAGAAAGAAAUGGAGAACAAUAAUAGCAUCACGUUGAUCGGUGACAAACCGCAGAACGGAUUUUCGAAGCCUUACGAUGAUUUGUUCACGGAUAUAGUCAGCGCCAUCAAUAAGCUGAAGCCCACUUUGGAGAAGAAGAACGGGUACUCCCAGAUACCGAAUGGCUACAAAGACGCGCGCAGAAAGAAUAGCUUGGACGGUAACGGUAUCGAGCCAGUAUCGGUAUGUAACAAAUUCUCUGGCAGACUAGAGGGUAUGUCGAUGGACGAAGCGAGAAAUUGCUUAAAAAACUUGAAGGAAAUGAAGAACGACAUCUCUGACAAAUUGUCGAACGAUCGCGUCGACAAGCAGAAUCUUGCGACCGGCGUUUCUGGCAAUAAAAAGACUGUCGGUAAAGAGAAAUCGAAAUCGAAACAUAUAACCGGCUAUCUGAAUUUAACAGCGAAUAUCAUUGACAACUUCACGCACGGAUUGGCCGUUGGCGGCUCUUUCCUCGUGUCCCUUCGUUUAGGGGUGCUCACCACAUUCGCUAUCCUAAUACACGAGAUACCUCACGAGGUCGGUGAUUUCGCUAUACUGCUACGCAGUGGAUUUAACAGGUGGGAUGCUGCGCGCGCACAGCUCAUCACUUCUACCGGUGGUAUUUUCGGAGCUAUGUCCGCGGUGUUCUUUUCCGGUGGCAAGGCAGGAGCGACGACAAGUUGGAUAUUACCAUUCACAGCUGGUGGCUUUCUGCACAUUGGUUUGGUAACCAUUUUACCAGAACUGAUUAAAGAAUCUAGUCCGAAAGAAUCGUUGAAGCAAAUCGCCGCAUUGCUCUUAGGUAUCAUCGUGAUGGCGGUUCUGACGAUUCUUUGCGAUUAGGAUGACUUCGUUUUGUAAUCAAAUUGUCGACUACUAGUUUAACGUGUGCCGAGUAUAGAUAAUUUUUUUAUAUUUAGCAUCGCCUUGGUACGCGUCGAAACGGUAAUUCGAGUUUGCCAUAAAAAAAAAAAAAAAAAAAGGGAAUUAUUCCGUGUAAUAAUUGUUGCUCAAUAAAGAUGGGUCUACGUAUGCGUCUAGACAGCGAAGAAACGAGGAACGACGAUUAACGACUGAUCGAAAUCAGAUUCAAAUUAUGUAACCAUCAUAUGCUGAGUUUAGUUCCGAAAUAGAGGUUUAUAGUUUGUUUACAUUUGCAACGUUUUAACCGAAAUCUUUUUUUUCCAUUUGAUCCAACUCUAAUUUCGUGGUUUCGAUAUCAACGAAUCGAUUUAUUUUCACUCAUAAGCAUAAACGCAAAAAAAAAGCAUAAAAUCAAGCAUAAAAAUAAAAAAAAAGCCAGCGAGAAAUUUAAAAGGAGUAUUUGUACGAAUUAUAUUUAUAUUUUUCGAUCGUUUAUCGUGGGAUCGUAUUAUUGGCAGUUCGAGAUUAUUGAUUUAUAUUAAUACUUUAAGGGAUAUUGUUAGAAACCUGACAUAGUUUAUACACGAAUAUACGUAUGUUCUUCUGUAAAGUAUCGGUAAACGUGUUGUUUGUGAGAAACGUUAAUUCCGUUUCUGAAGAUAUUGUCGCACUUGAAACUCCGUUGCCUAGAAGUUACAACAAUCGAAACCAGUAUUGACAUAUAACUUUCACGUUGUCAAAUGAAUUGUGUAUGUAUAUAACCUUUAUGCUUCCUUAUUUAUCGUUUAAAACAAACAAAA